UAUUUAAGAAAGUAUCUAAUUGUUUUGAAUUGAUUUUAAGUAAAAUAAUAAUUUACAAUAUUUUUAAAUUAUUUGGAACACAAUUGAUAUGACUCUGUUGUUUGUAUUAGCUCAAUUUCUGCCGCAACAUCCAGAAAAACAUAUUCCCAAGAUAAUUGGCUGCCAUAGGUGGAAAGUAGAUUAAACGGUGUUUUGUCAUCUGGUCGACGUGGUGACCAGCACCUCAUACAAAUGUAUCAACAAAUUACGCAGAAAUUGUUCGUACUAAUGUAUUUAAAAAUGAAUGCGAUUCUCUUAUAUUGAAUUCACAAAUUUCCUCCGACAUACAAGUGAAACAAAAUAAAACAAGAAGGAUCGUAUUUCUAGAGGCAUGGAGUUUGCUGUACACAUAGCAACGCCCAAGUUGGAUGGUGUUAUUCUUCAUGGCCCUUUCCAUGAACCUGUUGAUGGAACACUAUGUGUCUCAGGACAUCAUCUAAUUUUAUCAAGCAGAAAAGAACAUGUACAAGAAUUAUGGCUAUUGCAUCAAAGUGUGGAUAUAGUGGAAAAGAGACCAAAUGGAACAAACAGCAACUAUCAAAAUGGAGGAACUUUGAUUCUAAAGUGCAAAGAUCUUCGAAUUUUACAACUAGAUAUUGGUUCAACUGAAGAAUUUCUCAAUGUCUAUGCAUCAAUUGAAAGAUUAUCCAAUCUGGACAGUCCAUUGUCUCUCUAUCCAUUCUUUUACAGACCUAUGUAUAAUAUCAUAGAAGACGGCCAUACCCUCUUCUCAUUAGAAAUGGAAUUUGCAAAGUUGUUAGCUAGUGAUGAUUGGAGGAUCAGUACAAUCAAUAAGGACUACUCAGUGUGUCCAACAUAUAGUGCAAAUCUGCUGGUUCCCAAGGCUAUUGAUGAUGAAACUAUUUUAGCUGCAGCCAACUUCAGAGAUGGUGGGCGUUUUCCAGUGUUAAGCUAUCGCCAUGAAAAUGGUGCAGUCCUACUGAGAAGCAGUCAACCACUAAUUAUCAAUAAUAGAAGAUGUCGCGCUGAUGAAAAGAUACUCAACCAUUUCCUAGGAAUCAAUAAGAAGGGAUAUUUGAUAGAGACAAGAUCGCCGAAUAUGGUAGCGGCCUGUAAGGCGAAAGGAGGCGGGACAGAGCCGGAUGAACAUUAUCCCCAAUGGAGAAGGAUCUAUAAAAACUUGGAUAGAAUCGCCAACUGUAAAGGAUUACUACUGGACUCAUUUCAAAAGUUUAUGGAUGCAUGCAAUGACACUAAUUGUACUCCAGACAAGUGGAUAUCAAGAGUGGAUAGUAGUAACUGGUUGACUUUGAUACAAAAUACUCUGAACGCUGCGUGUUUUGUUGCGCAAUGUCUUGAUAAAGAAGGUGCAAGUAUAUUGGUGCACGGAUCACAUGGAAUGGACUCUACUUUGCUAGUUACGUCAAUAGCGCAAGUGAUUCUUAAUCCAGAUUGUCGUACCGUGCGGGGUUUACAAGCAUUGAUCGCUCGCGAAUGGUUACAAGGUGGAUAUCCGUUUCAAACAAGACAUGGAAAGUUUUGUUAUUCUAAUAUGAGAAACAAAAAUCAACAACCAACGUUUUUAUUAUUUUUGGAUUGUGUUCAACAACUGCAUUAUCAGUUUCCAUGCAGUUUCGAAUUCACAACGCAAAUGUUGAUAAUUCUCUUCGAACAUUCAUAUUUCAGUCAAUUUGGAACAUUCCUAGGCAAUUGUGACGCAGAUCGAGAAAAAAUGGAAAUUGCGAGAAAAACAACGAGUUUGUGGUCAUACUUAAAUCGACCUGAUAUUUUAACAUCUCUUUUGAAUCCGGUCUAUGAACCAAACAAAUGCGCCAUAUGGCCGAGUGUUGCUGCAGUGAGUCUUAACAUUUGGGGCGAGUUAUAUCAUCGGUGGAUUAUAGAUCAAUCACAUCAGAAGAAAGCGAUGAAUCGUAUACAUACGCUAGUGCAGAAUGAUAAGAAGAUGCGAAGUAAAGUUAUUAAAUUAAGAAAUGAACUCUUGGAUUUACAUCGGAAGUAUAGUCAGUUGAAUGAGGAACUUGAUGACACCGAGAUUCAAAAUGUCGGAAAUCAGGCGUGAAUGCAAAUAUUGACAUGGGUUAUGUACUUCAAAAGCUUUGAUUGCUUCAGAUGUGUUCAAAUUUGUAAAAAAUCAAAAUUUUUCUUUAGAAAGUCAACACAUUUUUAAAACGCAUCGUGUGUUGGAUAAAGUCGCUAAAACAUACAAUAAUCUAGUCAAAUGUAACAAACUUGAAUUAUCGUAAAUGAUUGUAAAGUCACUGGAUGACUAUUUGAUGAUGAAGUUUAGAAGAAUAUGGAAAGCACAUAGAAAUGUUAUUAUAAGUUGUUAUAAGUAAGAAAUAUAAUGGCGCUGAUAAUUAUAA